CAUAAAAAAGGAAAUGUGAGUGCUGUAAGAAGCUUGAGCCGAAGCCCGUCUCACAGAGUAAUUGUUGAUAAUAGGUCACAACUUUAUGACGACAUAUUCUCAAGAAUGGCUUUAAUUUAAACAUCAAACAUGGUAGUUAACCCAGGGUCAACUCAGGAACAGAUUCAGCUGGGAAAACUCUGCAACGGAGAAGAAUGGUUUUGCUGGUUCGCUAGCUAGCUAACUAGCGUAAGCUUUCAGAAUGGGCAUCUGAACGCUAACCGAACAAGCCACAAAGCGAUGUACAAUGACUGAAUUUUGAGAGGACUACGCUUUAAAUACGCGAUUAGAAAGGAUAGUUUUUUGUGCCUUUUGCUACCUCCAAACCGCGUGGAUACCGUUUACACGAUGAAGAAUUGUGAGUACCAGCAGAUAGACCCGAGGGCGCUGUCGGUGCUGCCCUCGUCGGCACAAAACCACGCCGAAAAGACGGCGCAGCGUCCGCGGAGGAAAUGGGAAGUAUUCCCGGGGAAGAACAGGUUUUUCUGCGAUGGACGGAUCAUCCUGGCCAGGCAAAGCGGUGUCCUUCCUCUAACUCUGGGCCUUAUUGUUGUCACUUGUGGCCUUUUCUUUGCAUUCGAUUGCCCAUUCCUGGUGAAGCAUCUGACCGUAUUCAUACCUGUAAUCGGUGGGGUACUUUUUGUUUUUGUGGUUUUGUCCCUGCUGAGAACCAGCUGUACAGAUCCAGGCAUCUUACCAAGGGCGACCCCAGAUGAAGCAGCAGACGUAGAGAAGCAGAUAGAUACCUCAGGAUCCUCUACGUAUCGCCCCCCUCCGCGGACCAAGGAGAUCCUCAUCAACCAGCAGGUGGUAAAGCUCAAAUACUGCUUCACUUGUAAAACAUUCCGCCCUCCUCGGACCUCCCACUGCAGCCUGUGUGACAACUGUGUGGAGCGAUUUGAUCACCACUGUCCAUGGGUCGGGAACUGCGUGGGCAAACGCAAUUACCGCUUUUUCUACAGCUUCAUCAUCUCUCUGUCUUUUCUGACAUCUUUUAUAUUUGGCUGUGUCAUCACACACAUCACUUUACGAACUCAAGCAGGCAACAGUAUUGUUCAAGCCAUUCAAGAGAGCCCUGCCAGUGUGGUGGAACUGGUGAUUUGUUUCUUCUCAAUCUGGUCUAUUCUUGGCCUCUCAGGCUUCCAUACAUACUUAGUGGCCUCAAACCUCACAACAAAUGAAGAUAUUAAGGGCUCCUGGUCGAGUAAACGGGGCGCGGAAGAUUCUGGGAAUCCAUACACUUACAACAGUAUUAUCACUAACUGUUGUGCGACGUUAUGUGGACCCAUGCCCCCUAGUCUGAUCGACAGACGAGGUUUCCUUCCUCCCGAUGAAGCGAUCCCUACCAUGUCUGCCUCGGAGAUCGAGCUGCCACCUUUCACUGCCAAGAACGACGCACACAUGUGCACUCAGAGCACCAAAGACGUGCUGGAGAGGAUGGUCCACACUUUUGACUCUAAUGGCCUGUGCCCCCCUGGCACACCAAAGACCAGUCCUGUCGUCGUGGAGUUCUCCAGCGCUGCAGCACCUUCCGCAGAAGCUUCACCCUCUGUCGGCUGCUUGAGACAACUUGAUGGCCAGCCCAUGGCCGCUCCUUGCCCGCCGUUCAGUAGAAGCAGUAAGAGGGACUCGCUGCACUCCAUAAACCCAGCUUUCCGUCUGGCUUCUCCCUCCCCGUCACUGAGUCGCACCACUCUGAUCCUAGGGGAUGCACCAGACAUCGGCUUUAUCCCUCUUCCCUAGUUAUUUGAGGACAGGAAGAGCUGCUGCUCUGGCAGUACAAACUUUAUCACCAUGGGGGUCAUGCUAUAUGUUUCUUUUUGUAUUCAAAAUGUCACGCUCACUCCGAGGGUGUUUAUGUUCUGAGUCUUAUCAACACUGUCUGAUUUUUCACAGUUUGGUUCCUUCAUAAUGGAGGUAAAUCUUAGUAAUACUUUGAAGCACAAUAUAGAGAUAUUUUUUUAACACCUUGUGACAAAGACACCCACAACAUACCACUGAACCUCAAGCCAUACAUCAUAGCCACAGUGUUUCAUCAGUUCUAGAUAAAAUAUUUAUGCAAACAAGUCUUUAAAUCUGGAAAUACUCAAAAUUCAACUGGAUGCAAAAGAAACAGAAAAAGCAAAGAUCUGCUGAAGUGGCACACUCAGGAUAGGGAGUUAGCCUUAUUACAUGUCCUGUCAUCUAGAUCUGCAUCAUCCCAGUGUCAUCAGAUGGAUCCAGCAUGACAGCAGGUAGAUGUAUUAGCAAUCAGAGUUUGAAGGUGGGCGAUGAGUUGUAAGAUUUGUUUUUUAAUGUGUGCACACAGAGGUUGCUGUUGUAAUUUGUUCUGUGUCUUGUACAUCAAAUGAACCAAGGCUGUGGUAAAUAUCUUUAAGCAUUGUCUGUCACUUUAGGAGACUUUAAACAGGUAGAGCUGAAUGACUGUCUGCUUAUGUUUCUUAUUAAUGACUGAAGAGUAACUGUCUGAAAUGAGUAGCCUUAGUUUCUGCACAUUUAGACAUCCACUUUAUUGCUUUAUUUAAUGUUGGAUGUCAAAACCAAGUGUUUAAUUUAAAUUGAAGUCAGAUUUGCUGCUGUUCAGCAAGGCAUGGACCGAAACAUUCAGAAUUGAUGCUCUGUUUUAUUGAAUUUGACCUGGAAUGUUCUCAGUCUGAGUAGUUGUCCAUUUAAUUUAUUUUUUUUAUUUGACUGUAUGCUGUCUGUCAUCUGUGUGUUGGUGAUUACAUCACAGGCCAAACGUGGACUGUGUGAAGCAGCAUAAUGUUUUAGGAAUGUUGAUUAUGAGGUCUCUUUACAUGCAGGUCAAGCUGUCAUUUUCAUGACCUCCCUUUUACAGUGUGAAACUUUAUCUGAGAGUGAACAGCAGUAGUUGGAUUGUGCCUCUAGGGGGCAGCACCUGAUUAGACUGAUGAUAACUCAGAAAAGCAUCUAAAGAAAGGCCUUUCGGUGAUUUAUUUUUUGUGAUUGAGUGUUAAAGCUGUACAUAGGAGGACUUUGUGAGAAGUCACUUUGCCAUAGUCACCAGGUAGAUAAUUUAUCAGUCUGCAUCAAGACCCGGAGGUCAUGUACUAUUACAAGCAGUGCUUGUAUGAACAAACGUGUUUGUAUUUUGUAGGAUUUAACAGUGGAAC